CUUCGCGGUGCCCCCAAAAGGGGGCCAUGGCCACAUUGAAGGCCUUUUUGCUCGCUGCCUUGCUGAAAAUUUGCCUUGCGCAGCAGGGCCACGCGGUUUUUCAGGCCAGCACUUUGAAUCUCACUGAAAAGGUGGGUACCGUUGGCAUCCCCUUGAAGAGGGUUGAUGGUUCCACGGGGAUUCUGGAGGCCACCGUGACAGUGGACACAGUGGCCAGCACGAUGCAGCCUGUCGACUACACCUUCCACAGUGGAAGCGUAAGGUGGACGGAUGGCGAUACCUCGCCGAAGGCGCUGGUCAUCAGCAUCCACGAUGACAACACCUUUGAACCAACUGAGGUCUUAGAACUAGUGAUUUCAGACACCAACCCUGGCAGCAGCGCGCUGCAACGACUCAAGAUCUAUCUGCAAGCAGAUGACGACGGCGGACAGUUGGAGUUCACCUACGUCACUGCCAAAGGCGAAAACACAAGCUUGGCUUCCAGCAGCAUCUCAUUGAUGGAAGGCCAACCGAAGACCUUGCAAUGCAUCGCCUGGGCUGAACGUCUGGGAGGCUCUAGUGGUGUCAGCACCAUGUGGCUCUCGGUGUGUGAACAGGAGGCUCUUGCCACCCAGGGCAUCGAUUUUGAUUUCUAUGGCGCCAACGUCCCUGUGAAGUGGGAAGACGGAGAAACCGACAGGCGUUGCGUGCUGUACAGCCUUCCUUCAGGCGGUACCAGGGCAUUGUUGCCUUAUUCGUGGCAGAGCGCCAUCAUGAUUUGGCCUGAUGCUGAUGAGGAGCCGUUGGAGGAGCUCUGCUUCGCCGUGAACAGCUUCAGUAACAGCAGCGCCAGCCUCUCAACAGGUACUCUUCGCUACGUUCUGGCGGACAACGGAGCCACAGGGAAGGCCACACGCUGUUUCCUGGGCGCAGAUUGCAACGUGGACUUUACGGGUCUUCACUGGGAGCCUGGCGUGAAUAUCUCUUUGGCCAUGUACUGCAACGUCCAGGCCUGCUCUACCUGGCGCUGGCCCUAUGCCAAAAGUUAUCGCUUCACCGUCCCUGCCGAAGACAUUGCCAAACGAGAUCCGGGGAAUUGGUAUGCUUGUCGCUGUUUUGAAGAGUCUGCCCAAGCCAUCCACGUGAUUUCGAUCAUGGGCCCGUGGAGCCGCAACGUGGCCAGCUGUACGUUGGGCUGGGAGAGCUGUUCGGUGCAACUGACUGGUGAAGGCUUGCGGAUGCAUUCGCAGACCAUUCGAGUUCUACACGCCUGUGCCAACAUUGGAGAUAACUCCUCAGAUGACGACUACAUCGACGCGGGGCUCUGGAAAGGCGGCAUUGCACGACUGGAUCUCACGCAAAAACCCGGGUCCUGGUACAACAUGGCCGAUCCCUUGGAAGUGAACAGCGCUGGGCCGGGGCUUUUCUACAUGUGCUGGUGCUUCUCGGGUUUUGGAGGUCGGGCAAGCUGUGAUAAGUACAGUGAUUUCGUGGUGUCGGCAGGUCUUUUUGUGAUGGAGGGCCCCCACGUGCAAGAAGACAGGGUCAUCAUCCACGGAUCACCUUUGCAGUUCAACGUCACGGGCGCUGGCCUCGAAGCCAACGACCGUAUCUCCAUCGUCACCAGCUGCAACCAGCGUGAUGUCUACAUGGAGAUCCCCACCAGUGAUGGCUACUUCUUCGACUUCGGCACGGUCCACGAGGGACAUCUGCCACCGGGAAAUUUCGAGUUCUGCUGGUGUCGUCGUGCUGGGUCACUCGCGAACUGUUCUCACCCAGAUCAUUGGACUUACGUGGGCAGUUUGAAUGUGAUGUGUCCCAGCGGCUACUACAACUUCGAAGAGGAG